AUCAAUAUUUGUGCUUCGUUAAAGAAGAAAAAUGAAUUUCGAAACACGCGUUAAAUAUGAUAGUGAAACAAAUAUCAAAAGAGCCUUAAGAGCCAUAUCGCUUUAUUGUGUCUUCAUAGUAAUGACCACUGUAGUUGCCGUUUCUGCGCGCCACCACUACAUGUACUACUUCAAUCAUGCUAUUAAACGGCACUUUCUGAUCUACGAACGACUUGUCACCUACAAUGAAUGGUGGGCGGAACUAGCAGACUCAUUUUUGCCGGAAGUGUUGCCUCCGCCACAAGCGAGUAACGAAAGUGUCGCUAACGAAAAUGCGAAUAAUCCGAAAGAUCCAGGUGUCAAUACAAGCACAGCUUCUGCUGCACAUAAGGUUAUAAAAUUGGAUGAGAGUAUUCUAUUGGGAACACCACGCCUACGUCAGCUACGUGUCGUGGACACAACUUGCGGUGGCAGCAAGAGUUUUGUCAAACAUUUUCAUUUCAUUUGUUAUCCAGAUUAUUCGUACUCGGAUUCGAAAACCACUGGUGAACAUAUAGGCGCUAAAUAUGAAUCUGCACUCCAUUUGAGCGCAAUGCCGAUUCAAGGACGAAUGCAUACAUAUUGGGGUGGUGGUUUUGUGCAGAAUUUGGACCGAAAUUUUAAUGAAUCUUUGCCUUUGAUUGAAUCACUGGCACAGCUUGACUGGUUGGAUCGCGGCACGCGCCUUAUGAUUUUCGAAUUUACGCUCUAUAAUAAAAAUACGGAUCUCUUCAAUAACGUGAAAAUUUUGGGCGAAGUGCCAGUCACUGGUGGCGUUUUGUUGUAUAUACAAGUGCAAGCGGUGCAAAAACAUGCUGUCUGGACAGGUAGCGUAUGGAUCAUAGUCUCAGCUAUCAUUUUCUAUAUAAUGGCUAUGUACUAUUGUGUUGGAGAAAUAUUAGUGUGGCGCCGAAGUGGCUACAAAAAAUAUUUGAAAAACUUUUGGAACAUGGUAGAUUUGGUUAUACUGAUUCUCGUUACACUCUCCUUCAGCUAUAACAUUUUCCAUCCAAUUUAUCUACAUUAUUAUUUGAAGCAUGCCAAUGCAUUACCAACGGAAUAUCAUAGCUUGGAUGUGAUUUGUUGGCUGAACUCGCAUUAUAUGAAUUUAAUAGCUGUGUUGGCAUUUUUAGUUUGGAUUAAGAUUUUUCAGUUUUUCACCUUCAACAAAACAUCGAUACAGUUAAAUGCGACGUUCGUAAAGUGCUAUAGAGAUCUGCUCAACUUCGUGCUCAUAUUUCUCAUAAUCUUCCUCUCAUAUGCCAUGCUCGGCAUGUUACUAUUCGGCCAUGCGCACGAGGAUUUUUUCGUAUUCCCCAUAGCAUUUUGGAGCGUCAUGCGUAUGGUAUUGGCCGAUUUUGAUUAUGUUGGCGUGGAACAUGCAAAUCCAGUGCUGGGACCAAUAUAUUUUUUCUCCUUCAUACUCAUCGUGUAUUUCAUACUAAUUAAUAUGUUUCUGGCCAUCAUUUACGAUACCUUCCGCAACAUAAAAACCUAUGAAAUACCACCGGAGAAAAAACAAUUGCCGCAGUUCUUUAAGAAGUACUGGGAUAAGGGUAGAGAUGGCGGCAAGAAGGCGCUCAAUGCAAUAGGCUUGUGCAAACGUAGGAAUACAAAGCGAGACACAGAACCGUUACGCGAAAUGAACGACGAGAAUGAGCCACCUUUUCCACCAACGCCAAGGCCGGAGAAGAAAAUGCGCGUGUCGAAGAAUGAGAUAAUACAGAACUACUUUGAGACCAUUCAGAACAAACGCGACGCUGAGCAAAUAGACAAUUUGACUAAACACAUAACGGCUUUAGAGGAAAUUUUAGCUAAAAUGAGCGAUGAUAUUAAACGUCUGGAAGCCGAAACACCUGAUCCGAGCACGCGCCCAGAGCCGCCGAGACAGCCUAAAACACCGCCACGUCUAAAGGUCUUCAUAAAUCGCAAGAAGUAG